AUGUGCUUGGAUCCGCCGAAGCCGAGUCCUUGUCCUGGGAAAUGUGGCGGAGGAGGAGGAGGCAAUGGAGGCAAUGGGGGAAACAACCUCAACGGCAAUGGCAAGUGCCCUCCUGGCUGCGUGUCUCAAUGCCAGGGCAACAAUAACAACUGUGGGCAAGGACCCAACACUGGCAACGGCAACAACGCGGCCAAACCCACUAACCCCGAAGGCAAAGCCCUCGCCCGACGACAUACCGGCAAUGACUAUGUCUGGGGUGGCUACUAUGGUGACGUCUACCAAUUCCGCAUCUGCAAGGCAACCGCUGACUGUUCCAAGGGCAGCGAGCUGGCCGCAAGCGACACCUUCGUGAUCAACGACCAGCUCGGUACGACGGGUGACUCCACCGGUAAGCUGUUCUGGAUGGUAUCCGGGGCACUGUGGCGCUUUGCGACGUCGGACAAUGCAGCCAGUGCGGUACGCUUUUCGGCGCGGCCGUGGUGUGGUGAUACCUGUGGCAUUUGUCUACGGGGCGACGUGAAGGUUCUGGUCCCGAUAUGUCCCGCUGCGAACCCGGGUAUUGGGUUCAAAGCCAACCCCCGGUACUGUCAGCCAUUGAUUGUGGAAAAGGUGCCAUGUAUCAAUGAAGAUGGUACGUUGGAGAAGCCGAAGCCGAACAAGCCGGCAGCUGGCCAUGAGGAGCUGUAG